AUGUCAAACACAGCAGUGGACACCAGCUCCAAAAUCACCACCAAGGACUUGAAGAAGGAAGUUGUGGAGGAGGCAGAGAAUGGAAGAGAUGCAUCUGCCAAUGGGAACGCUCAAAAUGAAAAUGGGGAGCAGGAGGCUGACAGUGAGGUAGACGAAGAAAAGGAAGACAGUGGGGAGGAAGAGGAGGAGGAAGGUGACUGUGAGGAAGGGGACAGAGAUGAAGAUGAGGAAGCUUAG